GAGAGAGAGACAGAGAGAGGAUGGGUGGUAGGAUUUAGCCUCAGCAGCACAACAACAAGCUUAUUAGCCUACCUUUCUCUCCACGCGCUUGGAAACGGAUUUACGCGCACGAAAAAGAGGAGUUUUGAGGACUAGUAGGAUGCUGAGUAUCUUUUCUCCUUGCCACUGUUCUCCACCCUGCUCUCCAUGACCUGAGAGCGCCACCACAGCGGGAGGAACGAAACACCAGAGAGAGAGAGGAAGAGGAGGGCAGAAGGUCCAGGAAGGAAGGAACACACUUUUUGUUGUUAUUGUUUGUUUUCCUUUCUGAAAUGGCGGCGACGGAGGCCAACGCUGCACCAGUAGUCCAGGAAGACGGGAAAACCCCUGAGAGCAAGCCGACAGAGGCGGAGCAACCAGCUAAAAAUGCCAACGCAAAUUCAGAGACUGUCAACAGUGAGGUUGUCGAUAAAGAUGGCACUGCUGUCAACAGUGAGGUGGUCGAUAACAAAGAGACUGUGAAUAAUGACACUGCGCCGCCAGCGGCGGCGGCUGCAGACACUGAAGAGGGAGGAGAAGCAGCAAGUGGGGAGGUAGCACCUCCUCAGAGCUCAGAAAAUGCCUCUUCUACUGAACCCAAGACCUCAUUCCUGGACUCGUUCCUCAACAAGAGCGGCCUGGGGAAGGUGAUGGGAGGACGGAAGAAGAAAGAGCAGAGCACAGGUGCAGGAGGAGAGGAGAACGCAACUGAGGGUGGGGAGAAAGAGGGAGAGAAAGGAGAGGAGGCCGCAGCAACUGAGGGAGGAGCAGAGGGAGGUGCAGAAGGAGAGGCUGCGAUAGAGAAAGCUCCAGAAAAUGGAGAGAAGGAAGAGGAGAAGAAAGCAGAGAAGGGCAAACCGGCGGAGGCUAAAUCCACGGUUAGAGAUCUGAUCAGGAAACCCGUGGCGAGGAUCUUCUCCCAUCGCAGCACUGAGAAGAAGGACGGCACUGCUGCAGAGCCCCAGAAACAAAUCAAAGUUCGGUCCAGGUCUCUGGACCGGCUGGAAGAUCCCGAAGCACUUAACACCACCGCAGACUCCACCAUAGAGGAGGUGGGAGCAGCAGGAGAAGCGGAGGGAGGUGCAGAGGGAGAGCAGAAAGCUUCAUCCUCCUCGGCAACCACCAAGCACAUGAAGCGCUGGCACUCCUUCAAGAAGCUCAUGGCUCAGAAGGCGCACAAGAAGAGCGGGGGAGGAGGAGAGGAUGGGAAGGAGGACGGAGUGGACGGAGAAGGAGGCGGUGGAGACUCCUCCACGCUGGACUCCAAGGAGUCGGGGCAGAAGAGGUGGAAGCUGAAACGUUCCUGGACCUUCCAGGGCCUGAAGAGGGACCCGUCCAUGGUCGGUAUCAGCGGCAAGGCCAAGAGCUCCGACAAAGAGUCUGCUGACAACGCCAAGCCAGAGGAGGCGGCAGCAGGAGGAGAGGAGGGGGGAGAGGAGGCCAAGGCAGAGGGAGGCGAGGAGAAGGAGAAGGCAGAGGGAGAUGAGGAGAAGGAGAAGGCGGAGGGAGGUGAGGAGGAGAAGGCGGCGACAGCAGGAGGUGGGACGGUGACGCAACAUGCCAACGAGAUCUGGACCUCUUUCAAGAAGCGUGUUAUCCCCAAGUCCAAACGGGCCAACACAGAGUGCGCCCCCAGCGGGGAGGAGGACGCCGCUGCAGCUGCCACCUCAGGUGAGGAAGGAGCAGCAGAGGAGGGCAAAGACAGCAAAGAUGGCAAGUCAGCCAAGGCCAAGCGCUCACAUUUUGGCCGUGCAGUUUCCCUGAAGAACUUCAUCCUGCGAAAGGGCAAGUCCACCAGUGUGGACCUGGGCGAGGGCACCAAGGAAGAGGAGGAGGCUGCAGAGGGAGGAGAGGGAGGAGAAGCAGCGGAGGAAGGAGGCGCCGACAAUGAAGCCCCCGCAGCGAACGAGGAGACCAACGACAAAGAUGUAGCUGAGCCUGAGAAAACGGCGGCAGAGGAGAGCGGAGGUGAGGCAGUCACGGAGGCGGAGAAGACGCCGGCUGAGGCUCCAGUGACCAACGGGGAGAACGGCUGCUCCAAUGGCGUGGCAGAGGAGAACGCCACACACAAUCACCAGGAGGAGGAGAAGACGACAGGGAGCAGCCCCGUGAAGAAGAGCAAGGAGACAGGGGGAGUAAAAGAGGAGGCCAAUGCCAAGAUCAUCAACGCCACGGCAGCUGUGAACAGCGACAAAAAGGCGGGAAACGUGUGAGGCCACACAAAGAGGAUUAGAACUGCCCGGGAUUCGCUGAGCAAGGAGCUCUGAGCCCCGCCCCCACCCCGCACCCUACCCCACCUCCCUCAACUCCUCCUCCUCCUCCUCCUUCCUCCCCCUCCUCCUCUCUCCCUUCAUCCCUCCUCCUUCCUCCCGAGUAAGUGGAGUAAUCACGUGUUAACAGAUCACCAUGGUGAGAAAGAGAGAGAGAGAGAGAGAGAGAGAGAGAGAUUGAGAGAAUGAGAGAGAUGCAAUUUCAUGUAAC